ACCACUUCAAAAAUGCCCCACUACCCCCAAUUCUUCCUUGCGAAUACUGACUAUUCUAUCAAAAAUUACCUACGCUACUUAAAAACCAAUGGACAAGACCUUAACGAGAAUGACGUAAAGACAUACAUUCAAUGGUAUCGAACGGACUUGGAUUGGAAAAAGGCGCAGAAAAAUAUCAGUUUGGGACAGAUUCGAGAGUUGGAACGCGCCUUAAACGAACUCAAGCAUUUAUCAGACAAAGACUUGAAGGCAACAAUCGUGAACACCAAUAAUCCUGAAACACCCACUAUAAUCAACAAAUACAUCAACAAGAACAGUAUCAAUGCACCUGGGAAUACCAUCUCCUUUCUACAAUCAUCUGAACAGUAUACAUUACCACCACCACCACCACCACCACAACAACAACAACAACAACACGAACAACAACAACAACAACAACAACAACAGCAACAGGCAGCGGCAGCUUCAACGAGCAGCAACAACAUACAACUACAGACGUCACAGCCGCAGCAACAAGCAACAAACAAACGGAAAAGUGACUGUAUAGAACAACUUCCGCAGAAAAGGCAGCAACAACGGCAAGAUGAUGAUGAUGACGGUGAACUUCUUGACAUUGGAAUUGAAUAUCAACCACCUUCACCAGAUGACCGCUACCUUGUUGGGAACUUUGACGCCUCUCAAGCUUUUUACGACUUCCAACUGUUCGUUGCGAAUCACAAAGCGAAAUAUUAUCUCGAAAGUCAUCUACACCAUGUAUUGGCGGCGUCAUCAAUUCUACUUGUCAGGCCUGGAAGGAUGCCGAAAGAACUCGUGGACGUUUUUGGUGAACAACAGCUGGAUUCUUUCAUCAACGACCUACGGACCAGGAUUGAUAUGAACUCAAGAAGGAACUCCCGACUUCCCAUGAAGCUCAUUUUAUAUCUUACUUCGAUUGUAGAGGACGUUCUAGCGGGUGUCAAAUCACGAACUCAAGGCAUGUGUUCUCUACUCUCAAUGGAAGGGAAGGCGUUUUCAGUGGACGGCGAAUUAAUCAUUAUGGAGGAGGAAGAAGUCCCAAUUCCAGGUAGAGUGACUAAACAACAAUUCAGGUUCAUCAAGUCUUUGGCGAAUCUACUUGACAAGCUGCCAAAUAAAGUGAUAAUGGAAGAAAUUAAAGAACACGAACUUUGUACUCGGUAUCUUGAUCCAAUACUCUGCGGUUUAUUCGACAACCCUUCUGACUCGGUGUUCUUUAGAUGGACUGAUCAUUCGAACCUGGAAUCCAAAAAAUCAGCACUUGUGUCGAAACGUCGCCCGGACUCUUGCAUCGCAAGACUUAACGGUGUAAAAUGGGACAAUACUCUUGCAUACGGUGAAGUGAAGUGUGCUGGCGAAAGUGACAAUCUAUAUGGCAUUUGCAAGGAUACACUCCGCGUUGGGCUUUUCAGCAAGAAUGCGUUAGACGUUGGUAAAAUGAAAGGUAUCCUUGGGUUCCAAGCUGUAGGACGGACUAUCACCUUCUACCUCACGACCCUUCUGAAAGAUGGACUUUACACAAUGAUGGAACUGGCCGAAAUCACUAUUCCUGGGUCUGUUGAUGAUUUGCCGAAAUAUCUAAUGGACUUAACGAAGGUACUGCUGGUAUUGGAUGUAUGUGAUAACUGGUGCACUCCCGUGGACCUUGACCAAAUUCAGCUGCAAAGCCAACGCUCUCGUCCCACUCUUUCAACUCCCUCUUUCUGUCGAAUCGUGUCCUCUAGCACCUGUCGUAGUCGCCAAUCCAUUAUGAAGUCUUAUUACAAUUAGCUUAUAUUCUACCCUUUUUACCCUACUCCCUUUUAGCUUGUAUAUAUGAUGAUAUGAUCUUUUAUUCUGAUGAAAAAAAUAAAGUUGUCUGUUGUCUUGUUUUUCUUUUU